AUGCACCCCAGUCGUGGCGACUCAACAGACGACGACGCGACAGUGGACGACCCUUUAGUCAUUCAACAACACGUCACCAAAGAGGCUGUAAAGCGGUUGGUCACGCUCGAGACACUUAAUCUUUCUUUUGCUCUCGGGAUGCGGUUUCAAGACGGGCGGUCAGAGACGACAACGCUUGCAAAUUCCUUCAUUCCCAAUUGUCCAAUGACCUUUCCAAAGCCAAACGACACAGACGAGGAGUUCGAGAAACUGCGGAUACUUUUCAUCACGCGUGUCGACCAAAAUUAUGAGGACAAAUACACUUUAGUCGUCGUAUACAUUUUCAACCUCGGUAUUUUGCUCACACGGAUCAAGGCGCUUCUCGCCCUCAAAGCACCUAGGGGAAAAAUUUGGGAAGAAAAUUUCGUGAGGCAGCAAACAGCAAUUCAAAAGUGGUCUUCUCGUCUCAAAAUUUUGUUGCAAACAAACUUUUUAUAUUUCAUCAACACGCUCCUCAGACUCGGUCCAGACACUUUGUUCGACUUCGACAACGAGUUCAGGAAGAUACUGGAUUUCUUCGAAUGGAAUGAGUCCGUCAAAAACAAAUGGUUCAUCAACCUCUGCCUUACACUUCAUUGA